UUACUCUGUUGCAGGAAAAUGGCGUUGCUGACGCUCUUGGUCGGCUUGUUGGUUAUAGCAUCAUCAUAUUCACAGCUGCUGCCGCCAUAUUUCUGGUUAAAUAACAACGGAAGAAGUUUUGACAUUGGAGGAGGAGUAGGUUCUAACAGUGGAGGCAGAGGUUCUAACAGCGGCGGAGGAGGAGGUCCCACCAGUGGAGGAGGUGGGGGUUACGGAGGAGGUCCCAGCAGUGGAGGAGGUGGGGGUUACCGAGGAGGAAGUCCCAGCAGUGGAGGAGGUGGAGGAGGUCCCAACAGUGGAGGAGAAGGUCCCAGCAGUGGAGGGGGUGGGGGUUACCGAGGAGGAAGUCCCAGCAGUGGAGGUGGAGGUUAUGGAGGAGGUCCCAACAGUGGAGGAGGAGGUUCCAGCAGUGGAGGAGGAGGAGGUUCUCACAGUGGCGGAGGUGGAGGUUAUGGAGGUCAUCCCAGCAGUGGAGGAGGUGGAAGUUACGGAGAAGGUCCCAACAGUGGAGGAGGUGGAAGUUACGGAGGAGGUCCCAACAGUGGAGGAGGAGGUUCCAGCAGUGGAGGAGGAGGAGGUUCCCACAGUGGCGGAGGUGGAGGUUAUGGAGGCCAUCCCAGCAGUGGAGGAGGUGGAAGUUACGGAGAAGGUCCCAACAGUGGAGGAGGUGGAAGUUACGGAGGAGGUCCCAACAGUGGAGGAGGUGGGGGUUACCGAGGAGGAGGUCCCACAAGUGGAGGAGGUCCCAACAGUGGAGGAGGAGGUUCCAGCAGUGGAGGAGGUGGAGGCUACGGAGGAGGUUCCCCCAGUGGAGGUUACGGAGGACGUCCCAACAGUGGAGGUGGAAGUUACGGAGGAGGUUCCAACAGUGGAGGAGGUCCUAAUAGUGGUGGGGAAGGAUACAGAGGAGGCGAUACCGGAGAAAGUUGGAGGUUGGGAAAGCUGGACUGCACAGAUGUGAAAACCAAUAGAAAUACAGCCUCCUGCCCUUCAGGAUAUAUCCCUACUUGUUGCUCAUGUGGAAUGAGAUGUAGAACAUCAUUUAAAGUCAUUAAUACAAACACCUGUCAAUGCCAGUGCGAUUCCGUUGAAUGGACCAGCGCUCGCUGCUGCAGGAGCAUCUAACAGUGCCCCCUGGAUUCCGCUUAUUUUACACUUUCUUUCUCCAUUAUCAUUUUGA